AAAAUACAUAAACCUACACUCUACUCGAAACCACGAAAUUUUAAUAACUUAAAUUUCAUCAAGUAUUAGCAAUAUUCUCAAUAUGUCUAUCACUGUCGGAAUCGCUGGCAUAACCGGCAAAUUCGCCCGCGAACUCACGUCAGCACUUCUCAAAUACCCCGAUAUUACGAUUAAGGGGUACUGUCGUGACCCAUCCAAAGUUCCGGAGUCGUUAUCUUCCAAGGUCUCGCUUUCGAAGGGAGACGCCUUCGACACAUCCGCCAUCCGUUCCUUUGUCGCCGGGUGCGAUGUGGUUGUGUGCUGCUAUCUCGGCGACGGCAAGUUGAUGGUGGACGGGCAGAAAGCGCUCAUCGACGCCUGCGCUGCCGAGGGCACCCCCCGCUACGUAGCUUCGGAUUGGUCGUUGGAUUAUACUAAGCUUAAGCUGGGAGAACUCUUCCCCAAGGAUCCGAUGAUCCAUGUUAAGGCGUAUCUAGAUGCGCAUGACAAGGUCAAGGGCGUACACAUCUUGGUCGGAAUGUUCAUGGAGGUCUUCUUUAACCCAGUAUUCGGUACCUUCGAUGCUGCUUCUGCAACUUUCAAGUAUUGGGGCACCGGUAACGAGAUAUGGGAAGCUACUACGUACCGGAAUGCGGCUGAGUAUACCGCAGCGGUUUGCGCAGAUAAGGAUGCCGUCGGUGUUAAAAAAUUUGUCGGCGGACGGGCAACAGUCUGCGAGAUCGCCGAAUCGUUCGAGAAAGCCUAUGGGGUAAAGCCUAAGCUCGAGAGCCACGGUUCAGUGGACGACCUGUUCAAGCAUAUGCAUGGCCUACGAGAGAAAACCCCUCAAAAUAUCUACUCGUAUAUGUUUUUAUUCUUCCAGUACUAUGCGAUUAACGGACAGACGCUCCUGGGUCCCGAGUACGAUAACAGUCAAUAUCCCCAAGUCAAGCCUGUAAAUUGGGAGGAUUAUCUCAGAUCGGUUCCGAAGGACCAAUUGUUGAGUGCUCACUCAAAUGUCGGAAACACCAUGUAAGGAAAGGAUGAGACGAGUUCGUAAUUAACUAGGACACGUAUCCACCCCUUUAUAUAUGCUGAAAGCAAU